AUGCCCUCUGACCAUGGAUACGUCCAGCAGUCAUUUGAUUUUGUCCUUCGACUCCUACUAAUUCCGUUCAAAAUAUGCAUCGCCGCACUCGAUGUUGGCAUACGACUAGUGCUCGUCGGCUGCUUCAUGGUCAUCUUGUUCGGCUUCGCUCCAGUCUUACACAUAAUUCUCUCAUGUCUGAGAUACCUUCAGAACAUUACCGGUUUUAAGAUCCCUGGUUUCCCACCGGCUCCUAUGAACGGAAAUCUUGGUUUCUACAAAGCAUUCUUCACGCCCGACUUGCCAGCUGAGGAUCCGGCACAUCUUCCUGAUGACCGACCACCGCAGGCCCGUCUUGGUAUCUCAUCUGUCUACAAGUACGAACCCUUGGACGUUUCGGGGGGGGAAGAUUUACAAUUCAGAGUCCUGGAACUAUUACCUGCGUCUGACAUCUGCGAUCCCGUGCAGUUCAAGCUUCAAAGUGUAUUGUUCGACUCUUCACCAGACUAUGAGGCACUAUCGUACUGCUGGGGUGAAGCAGCUGAUACGUGGCCCAUCUAUCAUGAGGAUAAGAUCUUCCAUGCCCGGAUCAACCUGGUCCAGGCUCUUCAAAGAUUCCGCUUGGAAGACAAAAGUCGAUAUCUAUGGGCGGAUGCCAUCUGUAUCGACCAGUCAAGUUCCUCAGAAAGGAGUCAUCAAGUAUCGAAGAUGGAUCAGAUAUAUCAACUCUCGAGAUGUACUCUCGUCUGGCUUGGGUGCGGAGAUAUAAACACGAUUCGAGGUCUCGAUUGUGUUCAGAUACUUCUGAAUAUCAAAGACCACCUCGAGAAGAACGACCCGGACAACAUACUUCCGAAGGCUCUCACUAAGUACAAAAUCGCAAGCAUGGACAAUCCAAUCAUGCGUGCAUUUCUCGCACUUCAAUCAAACCCCUGGUUUACUCGUGUCUGGAUGAUUCAAGAAGUUGCUAUGGCUACUCAAGCCACCAUCACAUUAGGGACUUCGACUGUUAAAUGGAUGGACUUCUUCAACGCGAGAGAAAUCGCUGUCAAGAUCGGUACCGAAGAGCAGGCUCUCCUUCCCUUACUCCUCAGACACCGUAAAUUUGGCGCCACCGAUCCUCGAGAUAAGAUCUUUGGCCUAUAUGGACUCUUUCCUCCUUCGAAAUACUGCCAUCCACUUCUACUCAGACCGAAUUACGAGACCUCCAUCGUUGAACUAUACAGCAAAGCGGCCAAGUGCAUCCUCGACCAAGAGCAAAACUUGAAUAUCCUCAGCGUUCCACGAUCAUCUUCCCCAGCCACUACAGCAUUUCUGGACAAAGCAUUACAGAUCCCCGGCUGGGCAUUCUCCGAUCCUCCUAGACUUCCAUCAUGGGCACCAACAUGGUACACAGACGACGAUACCGUCCCCCUCCGACCCUCACUCCUCUACUACGAGAAAUCCACCUUCCAAGCAUCCGGACCAACAAACUAUGAAAUGCGCCUCUCCCCCAACCAUUCCCUCCUCGGCGUCUCCGGCUACAGCAUCACCGAAAUCACCACCCUCACUCCCAUCUGGCCCGCCAACAUCAAAAUCCAGCAUCUCCUCUCAGACACCGCCCUCACAUCCUGGGACGUAGCAUUCACCCACCAGAAAAUGCAGAUCGCACACGCAGAGAACAUCCUCUCUACUCUCAACAGCUGGGAGAGUCUCGCUCUUCAGGAUCCUAAACAGAAGUAUCCAUUCUCAGAUGAGACGUACUUCGAUGCAUUCUGGCAGACCAUCCUAGCUGGACAUCUCACAAACGAGGAAGGGAAAGAUAAAGCGGAUUAUCAACGGUCUUUCCUCGCCUGGCGGCGCGAUAUGCGGCGUUUUGAGCGGUGGAGGAAAAUCUGGGAUCUGGUCCCACACUUUGCGGUUUUCAUCCUGCGCAUCCACCAGAUUUUUAUCUUGUCCGUCUUAUUCUGGCCGUUUGAACGGUUCGAAGGGUUGAUUGUUAAGGCUGUGAUGCCGGAUACGGAGGGGUUGGCGUUCUUGAGUGGGACGGUGUUGGCGGUGGGGAGGAGGUUGGUUAGGACUGAGGAGGGGUACUUGGUGCUUGUUCCGGGGGGGACGGAGGUUGGUGAUAGGGUUUUUUUGGUGAGGGGUGGGAGGGUGCCGGUUGUGCUUAGGGAGAGGGGGGAGGAGGGUGAGGAGGGGGAGGGAGAUGGGAGGUGGGAGGUGGUGGGGGAGGGGUAUGUGCAUGGUGUUAUGCUUGGGGAGGCGUGGGAUGAGGGGAGGUGUGAAGAGUUGUGGUUGGAGUGAUAUUCAGAUGUGCACGAUGUGCCGGGUUGAGAUCUAUUUCGAGGACACGAUCGAGCAGGUCCCUUUAGGGACAGUCUUAUUGCGGAGGCAGUUAAUUUGGGGACUUGGAAGACUCUGUAUGGUCUGCAAGAUAUUCACAAUUGACAGUGAUCUUAGACUUGACAGCAAAACGAUCCUGUAUUGAUUCUGAUUCUAGGUAUCUGUCUCUCUUCACCAUCACAUUGGCGAUGCUCCACCGAUAUGAAAUGAUAAGAAGCUCUUCGGGUUGUGAAGUGGGAUGGUAAGGAUCAACCCCUCAAAACGACAGUUAAGUCCUCUUCAGCCACUCUUUGGCGCAGUGAAUUUUUACUGCUCUGAGUACCUUUCUUUGGUCUAGAUAAUAUGUAUAUAUAUAUAUAUAUGACUUCGGAAAGCUGCAGUGGUCGCCGGUCGGCUGACAGGGGGAAGUGUUUGUUCAAUGCCUGGGUAGCCACCAAAUAUUCCAUUCUUUAUUCCGGUGAAACCGGCUGUGAAUGAGCAUUGAAAGAAGCAUGCAGCUUACCAAGAAUAUAGACAUUCACAAUCAAGUAUAAAUUCCAACUUCAGACCUUCUGGAAAUUCAAACUGAGCGUACCGCCUCUAAAAAUGUUUGGACUUGGUGCGCUGUGCCUGUGUCCGCCAGUCUCUCGUUGAAGAAUCGCAAUACCAUGCAAACAAUGAGAUGUCAUUAGGCCAAAGGAUGUUCUGUUAAUGCGAGUUGACACUCAGGGGUGAAAAGCCUGUUUGGCAACGGUACAGCAGGUGAACAUCAAACCUGAGCAUAAGUGACUACCAAAUUCACAUCAACGGGAUUCACGGUAUUUCGAUGAAGCAACCUUGAUGAUCGAGUAUUGAACAAGGAAGUAGAGCGAGGUGGGGGGUUGGGGGCUGACACAGGACCUGGUGUUUGUUGUUCACUGUCUCUUGCCCAUGUUGGAGACCUACCUGCUACAUACUAGGAGGUGCUUUUAUAUGGUCAAGUUCCACGAUAGGGAAAUUUGAGGGAAUGGUGUGGAAGUGAAUAGCUGGGUGUUAGUUGAGCGUGUACUUGUGUUGUGGUUGUAGUCCUGACGCAGCAGGAGGACUGCCUGACUGUAUAGCGUCAAUUCACUUCAGAAUUUUCGACCCCGAAGAUCUAAGCUAGACCUCAACGUCAACACAAGCAG